UCUCAGCACAGAGCCACUAUUAGUGUAGUCAUGGCGCUAAAAUGCAUAGUCAGCAAGCUGUGUAUUCUGGGUAUAAUAUUAGCCAUAGCCUCGGUUGUAACAAUCGUCACGUUGUGGACUCUUGCCCUGACAAAACGAGACAAGGACCCUUGGGACAGUUAUCGUCUUCCUGCUGAUUUGGUCCCUGACUCCUACAACAUCACCUUGUGGCCUCGUCUAAGCCCUGACCCAAUUACCGGCCUUUAUAUUUUUACAGGUGAACAGACUUCUCCUUCAUCACAUCUGCACAGUAGCUGCAGUCUUUUUUUAUGCAUCUCAGACUUCUUCAAAGUCACAGGCCAUUCCACUGUGAACUUUCAGUGUGUGGAUGCGACAGAUCUGAUCCUGAUUCACUCCAACAAACUCAACUACACAAAGCUGGAGAACAAAUACAUCGCCAGGCUCAAUGCUGCAGAUGGAGGAUCUGCUCCCACCAUUGAGAAGACCCGGCUGCAGCCUGAGACCCAGUUUCUGGUGAUCCACCUGAGUGAUAAAUUAACUCCAAACCAGACGUACGAGCUGUACACAGAGUUCACUGGAGAGCUAGCAGAUGAUCUGGCAGGUUUUUACCGGAGCGAAUAUGAGGAAGAUGGAGUCCGAAAGGUUGUUGCUACCUCUCAGAUGCAUCCAACUCAUGCCAGAAAAACAUUCCCUUGUUUCGAUGAGCCGGCGAUGAAAGCAGUUUUCCACAUAACUCUCAUCCACCCUGUUGGCACUGUGGCCCUGUCAAAUGGCAUGGAAAUAAGUAUUGUUAACACCACUAUAGAUGGAGGAGCAGUGACACAGACAACAUUUGAGCCCACAGAGAAAAUGUCCAGCUAUCUGCUAGCCAUCAUCGUCUCUGACUACAUGCACAUCAACGAUACACAAGGAGACACUCUGAUCCGUAUCUGGGCUCGCAGGACGGCCAUCGAGCAGGGGCAGGGGGACUACGCCCUCAAUGUGACUGGACCCAUACUGGACUUUUUCCAGUCGUACUAUAACAUCUCCUAUCCACUCAAAAAGUCAGAUCAAAUUGCUUUGCCAGACUUCUAUUUUGGUGCAAUGGAGAACUGGGGUUUGGUGACAUACAGAGAGACCCAUCUUCUCUACAGCCCUGUGACUUCCUCCAACGGGAAUAAAGAGACCACUGCCACUAUUAUUGCCCAUGAACUCGCACACAUGUGGUUUGGUAACCUGGUGACCCUGCGCUGGUGGAACGAGGUGUGGCUGAACGAGGGCUUUGCUUCAUAUGUGUCCUACCUGGGAGCAGAUUUUGCUGAGGAGAAAUGGAACAUAAAAGAUUUGAUAGUACUUGAUGAUGUACAAAAGGUGAUGGCAGUGGACGCCUUGGCUUCCUCUCAUCCUCUGUCCUCUAAAGAAGACAGCAUCAUCCUGCCAAACCAGAUCACUGAACAGUUUGAUACCAUCUCAUACAGCAAGGGUGCAGCAGUACUCAGGAUGGUAUCUGAUUUCCUCUCAGAGCCUGUUUUUGUCCAAGGACUAAAUAGUUACCUCAAUCACUUUUCCUAUGGUAACACUGUGGGGGAUGACCUGUGGGACCAUCUACAAAAGGCUGCUGAAGCCAAUGAUGUGUAUCUUCCUUACACAGUCAAUGAAAUCAUGAACCACUGGGUGCUCCAAAUGGGCUACCCUGUGAUUACCAUAAAUACUAGAACAGGGAGAGUAACUCAGCAGCACUUUCUGCUGGAUCCAGAGUCCUCUGUCAUGGUCGAAUCACCUUACAACUAUGAGUGGCCCAUUCCUGUAAGGACGAUGAAGGCUGGUGUGGUCCAACAAAAAAUCUGGUGGAUGAGGUCAAAGGAAGCAACUAAUAGUUUUAUGAGUUCCAUUCUUUCCUGGGUUUUGGCCAAUGUUAAUGUGACCGGUUAUUACCGGGUAAACUAUGAUGCUGCUAACUGGGAAAGACUCUUCAUCCAGCUUUGUAGAAACCACCAGGCUAUACCAGUUUUAAACAGAGCACAGCUUCUGGAUGAUGCCUUCAGUUUGGCAAGGGCUCAACUGGUCUCUGUCAUUCACCCUCUGAGGUUUAUGGGUUAUAUAAAUUUUGAUGAGGUAGAUUACAUACCCUGGCAGACAACUCUAAAUAAUCUGCACUAUUACUACUUAAUGUUGGACCAUACUGAAGUCUAUCAGCCUUUGCAGGACUACAUUAAGAAGCCUGUAGCUAAGCUCUACAUGUACUUCAAAGAGAUGACAUCCAGCUGGACCAAUGUUCCUGAGGGACACACCGACCAGUAUAACCAGGUGAACGCAAUCCAAAUGGCCUGCAAGACUGGUGUAACAGAAUGCCAUAAUCUUACAACCACAUGGUUCAAACAAUGGAUGGAAAACCCACAACACAAUCCGAUCCAUCCAAACCUGCGGUCAGCAGUGUACUGCAGCGCCAUGGCAGCAGGGGAUGAGGAAGAAUGGGAGUUUGCCUGGUCCCAGUUCAAGAAAGCUACGCUAGCCAGUGAGGCCAGCAAACUCAUGUCUGCACUGGCUUGUACCAACAACACGAAACUGCUGGAAAGGUAUCUAUCUUACACCUUAAACCCAACCAUGAUACGAAAACAGGACGCCUCCUCUGUCAUCACAUCCGUGGCCAACAACAGAAUGGGCCAGAGUCUGGCCUGGGACUUUGUCAGGGAUCAGUGGGAAUACAUGUUCACACAGUAUGGUGUGGGAUCUUUCUCCUUUGCCUCUAUUAUCAGUGGGGUCACAGCAAGGUUCUCCACACCAGCCGACCUUCAACAACUGGAGGAGUUUGUGGACGAGCACAGUGCAGUAGGGUUUGGCACCGCCACGCAGGCUGUGAAGCAGGCUUUAGAGACGACCAAAGCCAACAUCAAGUGGCUGGAACGGAACAAAGGCCGUAUCCUGGACUUUCUUACUGGGUUUUCUUCUCUCGCUUUACUAGACAGCUAAGCAGAUCUUAUCCAUAUAAAGACCCAAGAAACUGGAGUUGAGUUAAGGGCUUUAGUAUGGAGUCUUCUUAUCAUUUUGUGUAAAACUGUGAAAAACAUGAAAAAAUGUCAUUAUAGAUUGUUCAUGCACAUAUACAUGGUAAAAUAACGCAAUAUACAGGUAGCUGUCACCUAGGAAAGUAAACAUCCUUAAAUAAGAGGCAUACAGGCCUAUUAAGCAUCAAAGCUAGAUUUGCAUUGUUUAUAAAUGGAAAAUGCUAUUCCCGGUUAGCAUCAAUAACAAUCCAGUAUGAAGAGGACAAAAUGAAGAUUAACUUCACAAAAUCUUCCAAGCAGUGAGGAGUAAGAUGAUAUACACAAAGGUACUUAUAGAAAUUGAUCUUUACAUGAGAAAAGGUUGAAAAAGUAGUAGGCAACUGCAGCGUGUGCUCUCAGCAGAAAGUAAAACUUAAUUGAACUGCCCACAGCAAGCAUACAGAACUUAAGUGCAGUAUAUGUUUACACCACUAGGUUUCUCUAAAUGACACACAAAGAAUGUGGGGUAGAACACUAACUAAAUAACCUGACACACCAGAUGGAUUUGUUUCACACAUCCAUCUGGGAAAGCUUCAAUAGGAAACGUUUGAAAAAAGGCAGAGGCUUUGAAAAAAACUCUGAGUAUGACUGGGUGAACGUUCCGUCUGUCACAUCUCAACGGGCCAAUCAGAGCAACAAAACACGUGACGUAGCCGCUAUCAAGCUGCGCGUGCACAGCUACUGACGAAUAAUGCGAAACAUGGCCACUAUAGACACGUAAGCA